AGGGAAGUCUUGUUUUGGGGCCUAAUGUGAAUAUUUCAAAAGUUGAGGGACUUAAAGAGGGAAAUAUUUUGGAUAAGGAUGACUUCUUUUCUUUUUCUUUUUCUUUCUUUCUUUUCUCCCCAGCCAUUCCCGAUUCUGCUCUUCUUCUUCCCGCUGCAGCCACCCGAAGAAAAAAAAAGGGGAACCCAGCCAUGCUUUGAGAAACCGGUGAGAAAGCUUGGAGAUUUCUCCUUCCUUCUUGCUCUAGAACCUGAAUUGGAACCCAGAAAUUCUCCCCCCUGCAUGAAGCUUUCGGAUCUGCCUUGCUCUGCUCCUCACCGCCGGCUGCUCCUGCUUUGUGGGGGUGAUUUGCUCUGGUUUUUUGCCGUGAGCUUUCUUCUUCCAUGCCGCCGGCCUUCUUCCCCAAUCUGCUAGCUCCGGUUCCUUGCUUGUAAAUUCUGGUUCCCGAUCGUUCUGCCAGUUAGCAUUGAGAUUGAGUGCUCGGUUUUAUGCAAGUGAGGUAAGUAAAUUAUGGUAAUGCCC